CAGUACACCUGUCCUCUCCUCAUUCCGCGUCUCUUCAUGCACAACCCUCCAAGCUCAAGCCCACAAGGUCACAACCGCUACAGUCACCAUCGCAGCUGCAGUCUCCCUACUCCACGCCACUUCCCUUGCCGCAACCGCAUGCACACGCACAUCACCCACUGCAGUCAACGCAGCAGCCGCAGCAGCAGCAGCAGCAUCAGCAGCAGCAGCAGCAAUGGCAGCAGCCGCAUCAAUCCAACACAGCCCCGGGUGAAGCCCAGCCGCAGACACUCCAACCUCCACCCAAUCUAUUCCUCCAACCUCACCCUCACCCUCUUAACCCUUACCACGUGCAGCACCAUCCACAGCAGCAACAGCAGCAUUAUCAGCAUAAAGGAGCGUCCCAGCCCCCACUGGUGUCCCCCGUCGGCCCCCUUCCCCCAUGGUGUGAAUCACAGGCAACAACAGCAGCAGCAUCACCAGUUGCACCAGCAGCAGCAGCAGCAGCAGCAGCCGCAGCAACUCUCAUUACCGACCUCCCCAAUGCUCCCUCUCGCUUCUCCCCCUUCCUCGUCUUCCAAAUCCUUGCUCUCCUCCCUUUCACUCCCCCCUCGUCCCCUCGGUUACCCUCCAAGCCCGCCUCUCCCCUCCCUCUCCUAAGCCCCCAACCGCAUUUCCCCUCAUCCUCCUCCUCUCCAUCUCCCCUCUCCUCUCCCUUCCCUCUCUCCUCUCCUCUCUCUUCGCCCUUAACCCCCACCAUCUCCUCCCCUCUCCCUCCCCAUCCUCCACCCCCCCACCUUUCCCCGUCAACCAACCUCGGUAAAAGAAAUCUGAUACAGUCACCCACGCCAGGCUCCAUAACGUGGGGAGAUCCUUCCUCUAAUCAAGAUGUGCUUACAACGGAAGCUGUGGAUAGGGGUAUGCCACUGCUGAACCUGGCAGGCAUAGGGGCUGUGACUCUAACAGGGGCAGAGGGGAGGGUCGCCCUAUGCAAUCCGCCGGCCAAUCGGAUGCUCGGGGGGAGAUUCUCGGCCAAUGGGGUGGCUCCGGUCGGAAUGCCAGCAUGGCAGGUGGAACAGCGGGUGCUGAGUGAUUUUAUUGAUGAUGCGUCGCGCGCGGCUUUUGUGUCCGACUACACGAGUGUGCACAGCGGCAUAUCCCAGCGGAUGCAGCAGGAGGUGAGGGUGCGCGCAGCUGACGGGGCCAUCAGAUGGGUGCGCCUCACAUGCCACCGCAUCACACACGCUAAGGCCCAGGCGCCUCAAAGCAGGCCAAACUGUGGUAACCUGGAGUCUACCUGUAGCCUCGAUUCGCUUUUGGAUGGUGGUGGGAAAGUGUUGGGUGGGGGAAGUAGGGGGGCGGCUGGGGAGGAGGGGGCAGCUGGUGAGGAAGGGCGGGAAGACGGAGGGGUUGACGCUUCAGCCGAGGCUGUUUUUGAGGCUCCUCGAGCAUGGGCAGGGGAGGGGGCAGCUGCUAUGGAAGGGCCGAGUAAAGGGCUUAUUGAAUCUUCAGCCAAGGCUGCACCUGAUAUGGCAUCAGCUGAAGUGGGUGAUGCUGGGGAGGCUGCAGCUGGGGAGGCAGCAGGUGGGGAGGCAGCAGCUGGGAUGGGGAAGGAAGGGAAAGAGGCUGGCAGCCUUCCUGGCAGGAGAGGCAAUGGGAGAGAGGUGCAGAGUGAAAGGGUUGGGGAGAAGGCGAGUGUGGGUGAGACAACGGAUGAGGAGGAGCAGGAGGAUAAUGAAACGCCCAGCGAGGGGGAGAGAAGGAGAAGGAGGCAUGAGAGAGCAGGCGAUGGGGGAGGCGAUUCUGAGAGGCGGAUAGCAGGGGAGGAGGAUGCAGAGGAGAAGGAUGGGGAGGAGAAGGAUGGGGAGGAGAACACGAGGAGAGGAGGGGAGGCGGAGAAAGAGGAGAUUGGGAGGGGAGGAGGGGAGGUGAAGACAGAGGGAGAGGAGGAGAAGGAAGGGGAGGAGGCGAGGGAGGUGCAGGUGCUGUGUUUGCUGGAAGACAUAAGCGACAGGAAGGCACUGGAACAAACCAUGUGGAAGUAUAAAAUGAUGGUGGAGAAUCUCCCUGGGGGCGCAGUGCUGAUCACCAGAUCGCUGGACGGCAGGGAGGAGGUGCUGAUCAACGGCACGGCGGCGCAGCUGCUGGGGUGCGGGCGGGGCGAGAUCGACACCAUGGAGAAGUGGUUCCGCGCGCUCUAUGGCUGCGAGAACGCCGCUAAAGCGCAGCGCAAGUACGAGGGGCGGCGAGUGCGGGCUGCUCGCAGCAACGUCUUCAACACCGUGCUGCCUAUUCGGCGCAAGGACGGCUCCAAGCUGCUGGUGGACGCCACAUCGUACUCCCUUGGAUUUGGUGACAUGUGGCUCGUCAACGACAUCACGGAGAGCCGCAAGAACCAGUUCAAGUUCAAGAUGCUCUUUGAGCUCUCGUCGGACCCGAAGCUCCUCUUGACCAAGGACGGGCGCGUGUUUGACUGCAACCAGGCGGCGGUGCGCAUCCUCAAGUGCCCCACCAAGGAGUCGCUGCUGGGCCGCACGCCCUGGCGCCUCUCGCCCCUCCAGCAGCCCACCACCAACCAGCCUGCCUCCACUCUCAAGGCAAUUCUCGCCCAGCUCGCCUCCAAUCAACCCUUCACCCGCCCCUCGGGCACCCACCACCAUGGCCUCUCACCCUCCGCUUCUCCCUUUCCCGCCACCACUGCCGCCACUGCCGCUGCUGCGUCCGGUUCGGCAGGAGGCUCGGCAGCAGCAGCGGAUUCCGUUGCUGUGCUGGGCCUGGCGGCGGCAGACUCGGUGGGAGGCUCGGGGAACCGGUGGCGGCGGUUCGAGUGGGUGUUUCGGGACGAGGAGGGGGGGGCAGUACUCGUCGAAGUCCUCUGCCGCAUGGUAGAAUUCUUUGGGGAGAACGUGUACCUCAUGGUGUGGCACGACAUGGCCGAGGUGAAGCGGAAGGAAGCCGAUCUGCAGCGCGCGAAGCAGGAGGCGGAGAAGGCGAGCCUGGCUAAAACCCAGUUCCUGGCGAAUAUGAGCCAUGAGAUCCGGACCCCGAUGAACGGAGUCAUCGGGGUGGCAGAGUUGCUGCUGGACACGCCCCUCUCUGACGAGCAGCAGAUGCUGGUGGACACGAUCCGGUCGUCGAGCCAGGGGCUGCUGCACAUCUUGUCGGACAUUCUGGAUCUGAGCAAGAUUGAGAACGAGAAGAUGGCUCUGGAGUUUGCGGAGUUUGACGUGAGGGAGCACCUCCUCCACUCGCUCUCGCUCUACGAGAUGUCUGCAAGGGACAAGAAGCUGCAGCUUAAAUCACAUGUGAGCCGCGACGUCCCUUUGAGAGUGCUCGCCGACGCAGUGAGGGUGCGUCAAGUCCUCCUGAACCUGGUGUCCAACGCCAUCAAGUUCACCACGCGGGGCCGCAUCACCGUGCGCAUCACCACCGGGGGGCACGUGGACAAGGUGCUGCUGAAAUACUCGGUGUCGGACACGGGGAUCGGGAUCUCAAGCGACGUGCAAGGGAGCCUCUUCCAAGCAUUUACACAGGCUGACAACACGACUUGCCGCCGCUUCGGAGGCACGGGUCUAGGUCUGGCUAUCUGCAAGGCGCUGGUGAAUCUGAUGGGGGGCGAAAUCUCAGUGUCGAGCGUGGCGGGCAAGGGGUCGACCUUUGAGUUCACAGUGUGUGCGGGAGUGAGUGAGGAUGUGGACGAGUGUGAGGCAGUUAGUGAGGGGGAAGAGGAGGAGGAAGAUGAGUAUGAUUGGGUGUACAACAGUGAGGAGGAGGAGGAAGUGGAGGGCACAGAUGGUGGUGAUGAUGAGGGGGAGGAGGGGGAGGAAAAUGAUGGUGAUUCAGGUUCGGAGGAGGCCGAAGCUGAGGACUACUCCCGCCGUCGGACCACCCGAACCUCCCUCGAUUACCGAGCCUUGACCGUUCGAGGCUCCUUAGGCCUCCCGGUCCGGAGCCGAACCGUCGGCGCAGCUUCGGCAGCAAAUUCGCACCCUCCAAAGCUCAGCAUACCAGGCACAGGUUCGGGAAGCCGCAGCAAGAAGAAUGCAAACCGUGUAACCAACGGGGGAGCCGGAGUCUCAGCAGGUUCGGGCCAGACGUCCAGCCGAGGCAUGGCAAGCGCCGGACCAUUCUCUCCCACCACUAUUGCCCAAGCCAACGCUUCCGCUGCGUACAGCUCUGGUGGUGCCGGUCCUACCAGUGCUGCUUCUGCUGCCACCAAAGCUGCUGCCAGACCUACAGGUUCGGUAACCAGCGUCGGGAAUACGAGCGGCCGAAGCAUGGGCGGGCGGCGUCGUUCGUUUGAAGAAGCAGCCCCUGCGCUCCCGGCAGUAGCGCGGCAGUGGAGAGUGCUUGUAGCAGAAGACAACAAAGUGAACCAACUAGUGGUAACCCGCAUGCUCAAGAACCUAGGGCUGAGAUUUGACGUGGUGGAUAACGGGGUGCAGGCGUUGGACGCGUGUCUGAAGACACGGUAUGAUCUGAUCCUUAUGGACUGUCAUAUGCCUGAGAUGGACGGUUUAGAGGCUACCAGGAGGAUUAGGAAGGCUGAGGCGGAGAGGAGCUGUCGGAGCGAGUGGGAAAGUCGGAGCGAUGGGGGGAGUGGGAGUGAGGGGGAGAGUAGGAGUGAUGGUAGUGACGGGGAGGGUUUUGGGAGGCGAAGGGGAGGUGGGGGCGCUGCUGGGGCAGCGGGAACGGCUGCUGUGGCGGCUGCUGCUGCUGCUGCUGGGCUGGGUAAGGAUGGAAGAAGUAGCAGCAGUGGUGUUGGUGGCGUUAUGAAGAGACACAGCAGCUUUGGGAAGUCAGUGGCUGCAGCAGUGGCAGCAGCAGCAGCAGCAGGAAUCGGAGGGGGAGGAAGCAGCAGGGGAGGCAGUGGUGGUGGUGGCAGUGGGGGUGGCAGUGGUAGACUCAAUGUGAGCGAAAAGGGCCCGGGGAAACGGUUGGGGGAGCAGCGGUUGGGGGAGCAGCAGUUGGGGGAGCAGGGUUUGGGGGAGGAGCAGUUGGGGGAUCAGGGGUUGGCGGAGGAGCAUCGGGCGGUGUUUAUAGCGGCGCUGACUGCGAGUGCAUUUGACUUUGAGCGCGAGGCGUGCUUUGCUGCUGGGAUGAAUCACUUUCUCACCAAGCCCAUCCGCCCAAAGGACCUUCAAGAGCUCUUCCUCUCCCUCGCCAACUCAUGAGACGUGGCGAGAAUGGUUGACGUCUGGGGCCCUGUUGUCCAUAGUGACUUCCUCACCAAGCCCAUCCGCCCCACGGACCUCCAGGAGCUCUUCCUCUCCCUCGCCAACUCAUGGCAUGCAGCGAGCCAUGAGACGUGGGAAGGCGUGCUACCAAGGGUCACGUGAGCCUGGCUCGUAGGGCUCACUUCUGCACCAAGCCCAUCCGCCCCACGGACCUCCAGGAGCUCUUCUUCUGUCUCCCUCGCCAACUCAUGAGACGACACGAGAGGACAUGAGAGGACACGAGACGAGACCACUUGAGGCACAUCCAUCAGUGGGGUUAGUUGCAAGUGCUACCGAGGGUCAUUAGAGGCUGGCUUGUCGGGCUCACUUCCGCACCCAAGCCUAUUUCUGAGGCGCCUCAAAAAUAGACUGCUCACUUCUGCGUACCAAGCCCAUCCGGUCCGGCCCACGGACCUGCAGGAGCUCUUUGUCUCCCUCGCCAACUCACAAGGGAACAGGGGUUGGGGGAGCAGCAGUUGACAUGCGGAGUAGCAGUUGACACGGGGAGCAGCAGUUGACAUGGAGAGCAGCAGUUGACAUGGGGAGCAGCAGUUGACACGGGGAGCAACAGUUGACACGGGGAGCAGCAGUUGACAUGGGGAGCAGCAGUUGACACGGAAGGACAUGAGACAAGGUGGCACCUGGCAAGAUACGAGACUGUCGAGCCGUUUCAAGUGCUGGGAGGCUGGGAGGCUGGGAUUAGUGGUUUUUUUUGUGGGCGUGACGAGUGGCGUGAUUUGCGCCGAGUUCAUUCAUGGCAUGUGGCAUGAUAGAUGCGUGUAGACCUUCCAACCAAGGCAGGUCGGGCAAAGAGCAGCAGCCAGGGAGAGCAGCAGCCAGGGUGCAUUUGGCGUCUAUCAGCAGCAAUGGCAUGGUCAUCCUCCGUUGUCAGCAGCAGCAGUGGUGGCAGCAGUGGCAGCAGCGGCAGCAGCAGCAGCAGCAGCAGCAGCAGCAGCAGCCUCAGGAGCAGCAGCCGCAGCAGCAAGGAUGCACGUGGCUUCAAUUGGCAGCAGUGGAGAUGUCAUUCACCAUUGGCAGUAGCAACAGCAGCUUCAGUAGCAGCAUCAAGUAUAGCGGCAGUGGUAAAGGAAGCAACGAAGGCAGUAAAGGCAGUGGCGACUGCAUAAGAUCGUGAGGCAACAUUGGCAGCAGCAACUCCAGGUUUAGCAGCUGAUGCAGCAGCAGCAACUGCAUAGGAAGCAGCGACUUGUGCCAGGUGGUGCCCAACUUGGGACCACUCGUUAUGUUCUAGGUUGUGGAAAGAAAUAGGGAUUCUCCACUACAGCAUGAAGGAACGGUCAGUAUUACUGCUGGCCUUUUGCUCCCCUAGCCUAGACUUCUGGUGCAGCCUGUGGCACAAUAUAUCAGUUCCACAUGCAGUAGUUUUAGGUGUACAGAAAGUGUGUAAGAGUAGAUGUGUGUGGAAGUGUUCGCAUGCUCGUUAUCGUUGUUUCUUCUACCAUGGUUUGGUUCUGUAAACGCAUGCUAGUAUUUGUCAGACUGCUACAGCAGGUCAUGCUCUUUUCAGC